AUGUCUGCCUCACCCGAAGCAUCAGCAUCAGCUCCAGCAGAGCGCGCCAGCGCCUCGCCCAUCCCUGCUUCGUCGGGCCUUGAGACGGAAGCCAAGCGUGAUAUCGACGGCCAGAAAGACCAGGUGGAAAAUAAUGAAGAGCCCCAACCGACUGAAGAACCGGAGACCCAUGCAUCCAAGUCGCAAGCCGAUGAACCUGAGCAAGAUGAAGAGACAUCUGCACCACCACUCCCCGAUGAAGUCCCACCGCCACUUCCCGCCGAGGCUCCUCCUGCAAAGGUCGAGGACGACGGAUGGGAACCUGCAUGGGACGCCACCGCAGGGGCAUAUUAUUUUUACAACCGCUUCACUGGAGUUUCACAGUGGGAAAACCCCCGCGUGCCGCAGGCCCCAGCAAUCCCAGCAGCACCGGGCACAGAAGACAGCACCCAAAGCGCAGUUCCCAAAAAAGCGCCAGUGCUUGGUGGUUACAAUCCCGCGAUUCAUGGAGACUAUGACCCCACCGCACCGUAUGCGCAAUACCACGAAGAGCCUGAACAGCCCGCGAACGCAGCCGUUUUCGACCCCUCCGCAGCAUAUGCAGCUACCGGCACAUUUAAUCGUUUCACUGGACGAUGGCAAGCUGCAACGAUUACUCCGGAAAACCACAAUGAUGAGAACAAGUCUCGACGACAGAUGAAUGCUUUCUUCGACGUUGAUGCCGCGGCAAAUAGCCAUGACGGCCGGAGCUUGCGCGCAGAGCGCAGUGCUAGGAAGUUGACAAAGCAAGAGUUGAAGCAGUUCAAGGAGAAGCGUCGCGAGAAGAAAGAGGAGAAGCGGCGGGCUUGGCUCAGAGAUUAG